AUGCUCGGCGGGCUCGCCAUGGACAACUCGCUCCAAUCCAUGCCAAUUCACCACCAUCCACCCAAAGUUGAAUACAUAACAAAACUGGACAACGACGCACCCUUUCCUCGCCGCCAUCGCCAUCCUGGCUCUCUUCCCCUUCCGCAGACUCUUCGGUCGCCUUUCCACACGUCGCCGUACGGACACACGUGCUCGCCAUCCGCAUUGCUGGCAUCGGGUUCUGCUCCCCCGGGUCCUAGAGGGCCAUCCUUCCGCAGGGUCCAGUCGGCCGUCCACGGCUUCCUCUCGGGACGCCAGCGCAGGCGCGCCGAAAGGGCCCGACUCGUCGACCUCGUCGCGAGCCGUCCCGGGCGGCUCAUGCUCGACCCGCCCUCGCCGCUGCCGAGACUGGCGGACGAGGAUGCGAGGGGCGACCGAGGCGGCCAACACAGCAUGCGCGUGCCGGCGAGGGACGGCAACGAUGGCUCGCCGCAGGACGACGGCGAGAAGGUCGAGAAGGGGUCGAGAAGACGCAGGCUGGCGGCCAUGGCCGGUAGCCUCUACCGCUCCGGCCAGCUGGCCGUGACGGACAUCAAGGACUCGUACGCGCAGUCGAGGGCCAGGGCGGCGCUGGAUCCCAUGCAGGAGAGCACGCACAUACCGGGCGCCUUCCCCGACGUGGCCAUCACGUCGCAGGGAGACGAGCAGAUGAUCCUCUUUCCCUCGUACGCGAAGCGCCACGUCCCCAAGGAUUGGGCCCGGGUGCCGGCCGCCGCCCAGCAGUCGACGCCGGCCGACGACGACUACUGGCGGCAGGAGUGGGAGAAGAACGAGGACAGCAAGGCCAUCGUCGACGUCGACGUCCGCGGCUGGAUAUACAGCCCGAGCACGGGGCCCUUGACGAAGCGGAACCGGAUCCUCCUCGGCCUCGCCCGCCAGCUCAGCGGCAUACCGUCCUCCUCCCGGCCGGACCAGGCCUACGCGACCGACGACCGUCACCAGGGGCGCGACGAGCUGCGCGAGCAGGAAAGGAUUACCCAGGAAGCGGCCGCCAUCGAGCGCAGGGGCCGGGAGGAGAAGCGCAUCGCCUACGGCGGCGGAUACAGCGAGCCGUCGCCGGGGACGGCCGGCCCGGGGGUCGAGCUGGUGCCCCCGCGUCCGGCUCAGCGCGCGAGCCGGACGCCCGACUCGAUGCCCGGCAGCCCGAUGAGGCAGCCGUCGCAGGCCAACGAGCUCUCGGAGCAGGAGCUGGCGGCGGCCAACGCCAACCUCAUGGCCCGCGUGGCGCCCUUCAUGACGAACCCGCUGGUGGCCCUGCCCAUCACCAUCUUCUUCUACAACAACGCCAAGUCGCAGUCGCGGACGGUGCUGACCAACGACGCCGGCCACUUCAUGGUGCGCGCGCCGCUCGACUUUGUGCCGACCAACGUCCGCGUCCUGGCCAACGAGAGGCUCUCGGCGACGCAGGAGAUUCACGUCACCGAGCCGCGCGGCGUCAGCCUCAUCACCGACAUCGACGACACCAUCAAGCACUCCAACAUCUCGGGCGGCGCGCGCGAAAUCUUCCGCAACACCUUUGUCCGCGACCUCGACGGCCUCACCGUCGACGGCGUGAGGGAGUGGUACGGCCGGAUGCACGAGCUCGGCGUCUGCUUCCACUACUGCUCCAACAGCCCCUGGCAGCUCUUCCCCGUGCUCGCGAGCUUCUUCAAGCUCGGCCGCCUCCCGCCCGGCUCGCUGCACCUGAAGCAGUACUCGGGCAUGCUGCAGGGCAUCUUCGAGCCCGUGGCCGAGCGGAAGAAGUCGACGCUCAACCGGCUCAUGACCGACUUUGCCGAGCGCCGCUUCAUCCUCGUCGGCGACAGCGGCGAGGCCGACCUCGAGGUCUACACCGACCUCGUCCUGGCGAACCCGGGAAGGAUCCUCGCCGUCUUCAUCCGCGACGUCACGACGCCCGAGACGACGGGCUACUUUGACUCCUCCUUUGCGCUGCGCCAAAAGACGUCGAGCCUGACGCUCGCCGGCGACGGGAGCGGCGCGACUCGACAGAACUCGGCGCCGGCCGUGUCGUCGACGGGGCCGCUGAUGGGCACGCUGAUCGACCUCUCGGCCGAGCCGGAAGAGGCAAAGCUCGACGAUUCCGCCGCGCUCGAGCAGGUGAAGAGGCGGAACCAGCACCCGGGCAUACGUUCCAGCGCCAGCGCGGGCCAUCUGGGGGGCACCAAGGCCGCCCCUCCGCCUCGGCCGACGAAACCGGUUGCGCUGAGAAGUCGAGGGUCCAACGCGGAGAUGACGAAGAGCGUUGGUUCCGGACCGUCGGCGCCGCCUCCGCCGCCGCCGCGCCGGAAGCCGGUGGGAGGAGGAGGGCUGUUGCAUCCGCACUCCCAAGCACCGAGCCCGUCGAAGCAGACGAGAAAGGCUGAGGCAGACGACCGCCCGCCGCCGCCGCUGCCCCGACGUCCCGCGGAGCAAGCUCACCGGAGCGCGAGCCCGCGCGGGUACCCCAACGACCGUGGCCCGACGUCAAAGACGAACUCGGACGUGGAACUUGACGGCCCGUCGCCGGCUCCGUUCCCGGGGCGCAUCGACCACCGGACCACCUCCAAGUCGGGCGUCUCGUCGCCCUCGAGCGCGGGAUCGCCUACGCUCGGACCGCAGGUGGUGAACAAGAAGCUCGAGCUUUGGCGCGGGCGGCUCGCGCGGGCCGAGGAGAUUCUCGACAAGCAGGGCGUCGCCCUCUACACCUGGCGCAAGGGUCAAGACGUCGAGGCCGAGGCGGUUGGCAUCGUGAGACGCGCCAUGGAGGAGAUGGAGCGGGACGAGAAGCAGGGGAGGCAAGGGUCGUAG